GGAUAUUAAUCAAUAAAAGAAUUUUCACAGGGAUUGCUUUCAGACAACAAAGUCUACACCGUCUUCCAGUCGAUCAAAUACAGAAAACGAUAAAAGCUUUCACACUUGGGAUUCUUUAAUCUUUUUGAUUCGUUUCUCUUUUCUGUUCUUCUGAGUCUUUAUUUUAUCCUCUCACUUUCGCUGUCAAACCUUAAAAGUACUCGCUCAUCUCCAUAAUUUAAGAAUCUUGUUUUGAAUCUACAUGAAAGCUUUAGUCGUAAUAUAAUCGAAAAGCCCGUUGACUCUGCAAUACCCUCAUGUGCUAAAUUUUCCAAGUAAGUAUAACACGUAGCUUUUGCUUUCCCACACCCCACCCCUAUAAAAGAAAAGAAAAGAAAACGACAUCUUGUAUUCGAUCAAGUUCUUCCUCUUGAAAACAGGGUUAUGUGCUUUUGAGUUAUCUGUAACUAUUUGAGAAUGGUGGAUAGAAACGAGAAUCAAGCUCCUGAGAAGCUUCAGGGGAAGUUUCAAGCAACGGUUGUUUGUUGUAUUCUUGGAAUCGGAGCUCUUGUUUCUUGGAACAGUAUUCUCACCAUUGCAGAUUACUACUACCUAGUUUUCCCGGAUUAUCAUCCUUCAAGGGUAUUACCACUUGUGUACCAACCAUUCGCGCUUGGAACAAUCGUGAUUCUUUCAUACCAUGAAUCAAAAAUCGAUACUAGGAAACGCAACCUGUUUGGUUACAUUCUGUUCACAAUAUCCACCUUCUUGCUGAUAGUUUUGGAUUUGGCUACAAAAGGACGUGGUGGAGUAGGACCUUAUGUCGGGUUAUGCUUAAUAGUUGCUUCUUUCGGCCUUUCUGAUGCUACCGUUCAAGGAGGAAUGAUCGGUGAUUUAUCAUUGAUGUGCUCUGAAUUCAUCCAGUCAUUCAUGGCGGGUUUGGCAGUAGCCGGUGCUCUAACUUCAGGGCUUAGGCUAAUAACUAAAGCAGCUUUUGAUAACUCACACGCUGGUCAACGUAAAGGAGCAAUGAUAUUCUUAGCGAUCUCAACAUUCAUAGAGUUUCUUUGUGUGAUGCUUUACGCAUAUGUGUUCCCUAAACUCCCCAUCGUUAAGUAUUAUCGAAGAAAAGCCGCUUUGGAAGGAUCUAAAACUGUUUCUGCUGAUCUUGCUGCUGCUGGUAUCCAAAACCAAUCCGACUUGGCUGAUGAUGAUUCCAAGAAUCAACGACUAAGCAAUAAAGAGCUAUUGCGUCAAAACGUAGACUAUGCAGUGAAUCUAGCUCUCAUCUACGUUUUGACAUUAUCCAUUUUUCCCGGGUUCUUGUACGAGAACACGGGAGAACACGGGCUAGGUGCUUGGUACGCGCUUGUCCUAGUAGCCAUGUACAAUUGUUGGGAUCUGGUAGGGAGGUACACACCGCUGGUGAAAUGGCUCAAAAUUGAGAAUAGAAAACUAAUCACCGUUGCGGUUUUGUCACGUUAUUUACUCGUUCCUGCGUUCUACUUCACCGCGAAAUAUGGGGAUCAAGGAUGGAUGAUUAUGCUCAUUUCUGUUUUGGGGCUAACUAAUGGACAUCUCACAGUUUGCAUUCUCACCGCAGCUCCUAAAGGUUACAAGGGUCCGGAGCAGAAUGCAUUAGGGAACUUGCUGGUGAUAUUUCUAUUAGGAGGAAUAUUUGCAGGAGUUGCUUUGGAUUGGUUAUGGCUUAUUGGCAAGAAAGAUGCCUUCUAAUUAGCCAUCGUCUCUCCAGACCAGUUCUUAAUUAAUUGGAGACUAAUCUGUUUUUUCUUUCACAAAAAAAUCCAUUAUUAUUUGCUUGUAAUCUGCAAGUGUGAUAUUCCUUGGAACUGUCGACAAAAAGAUAAAUCUUCCUUGGAACCAGAGGAUGUUUCGUUAUCUGUGCUAAGAACUGCCAUAAAAUAGCUAGGGGUAGGCGAGAGUCAAUUACUUGUCAAUUCUUGGUUACUUGAUUUGGUUUGUUCAAGUAAAACUUUUAAAAUUUGAUAUUUA